GGGUGAAAACUUUUCACUAGUUGCCCAUGUUUUGCAGGGGCCAUACAUACUACCACCACCUAUAAUAUACUCCUAUAAAAUAGGAGGGUUGGGUGAGAUGAGAGGAUUCCAGUCAUCGUUGAGAUAAACCCAAACGAAGCCAAGUUGUAGUGUCUUAAGUGGUUCUCCACAAUCUUCGAUAUCAAAACCCAAUCAACAGUCAAAGACCAAACCCCUCCUACUCCUCAAUGAAAAUCCUUUGUUGUUUCAUUUUGCUCUCCCUUCUUAUUCACUCUCGCCUUUCUCUCUCCUCUUCUUCGCCUUCGCUCUCUACAUCCCAACUCUUCGAGUCCUGGUGUCAGAAACAUGGCAAAUCAUAUUCUUCAGAGGAAGAAAGGCUUUACAGGCUCCGUGUGUUUGAGGACAAUAUGGCUUUCGUUACCGAACACAAUCAAAUGCCCAAUUCUUCUUAUACCCUUUCUCUAAAUGCAUUUGCUGAUCUAACCCAUCACGAGUUUAAGGCCUCUCGUUUAGGCUUUUCUCCCUUUCUCAGCUCUCGGCCUAGACUGAGUUCGGACGCAGAGAUUGAGACCCUUCAAGUGAGGGACAUCCCUGCUUCGCUGGAUUGGAGAAAGAAAGGGGCUGUCACCAAUGUUAAAGAUCAAGCCAGUUGUGGUGCUUGCUGGUCUUUCUCAGCAACAGGUGCUAUUGAAGGUAUCAAUAAGAUUGUAACUGGAUCUCUAGUGAGUCUCUCUGAACAAGAGUUAGUUGAUUGUGACAGAAAAUUCAACAAUGGCUGCAAUGGUGGACUCAUGGACUAUGCUUUUCAAUUCGUAAUCAAUAACCAUGGAAUCGACACCGAAGAAGACUACCCUUAUGAGCGUCGGGAAGCUACCUGCAAUAAGGCAAAGCUAAAAAGACACGUUGUGACAAUUGAUGGCUAUACCGAUGUGGCCCCGAACAAUGAGAAGCAGCUACUACAAGCUGUGGCAGCUCAACCUGUCAGCGUAGGCAUAUGCGGCAGCGAGAGAGCUUUUCAGCUUUACUCCAAGGGGAUUUUUAAAGGCCCUUGUUCAACCUCUUUGGACCAUGCGGUGUUGAUCGUAGGUUACGAUUCACAAAAUGGAGUGGACUAUUGGAUUGUGAAGAACUCGUGGGGAAGACAAUGGGGAAUGGAUGGUUAUAUCCACAUAGAGCGUAACAAUGGGAAUUCUCAAGGAAUAUGUGGUAUUAACAUGCUAGCUUCAUACCCGACCAAGACUAGCCCCAACCCGCCGCCAUCACCAGCACCGGGUCCAACUAAAUGCGAUCUGUUCUCUCGGUGUGGAGUGGGAGAAACCUGUUGUUGCGCUCAUAGCUUCUUUGGAAUAUGCUUGUCAUGGAAAUGCUGUGGCCUCAAUUCUGCUGUUUGCUGUAAGGACCGUAUUCACUGUUGCCCCCACGAUUAUCCCAUAUGUGAUAUUCAAAGGAAUCAAUGCCUUAAGAGUACUACUGCUGCUAGUAACUCAACAACAGAAGCGCUUGAACACAGAAGCAACUUUGCGAAGCCAGCUCAGUGGGGAUCCCUUGUUGAAGGUUGGGUCCUCUAAAGUUUCUCCAUUUUAAUGGUGAGAAAAUAUUAUAUGUACCAUGUUGUAGAAUAUUUAUCUUCCAAAUCUAAAAAUUGGGAGUAUUUAUUUAUUUAUUAUGUAUAUUUACGUUGAAAAUGAGUUAUACAUUCGAGCAGUCGAGCUCGCUAUUGUUGUGUAACAAUCGAAAUUUCCGAGCCUUGUAUUAUUAGAAUAAAUAAUGAAAUUUUCCUUUUAGAUAAAAA